CCCGCCCUUCGCUCCCGCCAUCUCCAAACGUCCCGCACCGGGGGGAGCCCCGCGCCGCCCGCGGGUGACGCCGCUGCCGGUAGGAACGGAGCUGCCGCCAGCGCUGCCCGGUGCCGGCGGGGCGGGCGCGGGGGGCGGCCGUGCCCAUGUGCCCGCGGGCCCGGCGGGGCCAUGACGCGCUGACAAUGCCGGGCGGCGGCGAGCGGCCCCUCCGGCCCUGGAAGCCCGACCCGGGGCAGGCGGAGGGGGCUCGGCCGCCCCCGGCACCGUCGCUGCCUUUGGCCCUGACCGUCCUGGCCUGGCUGGGCACCGGCACCACCAUGUCCGGCCUCAACAAAUGGAUCUUCGCCACGCACGGCUUCCGCUACCCGCUGCUGCUCUCGUCCCUGCACAUGCUGUCGGGGGCGGCCGUGGGUUACCGGCUGGGCUGGGCGCGGGGUCCCUCGGCGCCCCGGCCCACCGCCCGCAUCUACCUGCUCAGCCUCACCUUCUGCACCAGCGUGGCCCUGGGCAACCUGGGCCUGAGCUCGGUGCAGCUGGACGCGGCGCAGGCGGUGGCCACGACCACCCCGCUGGUGACGCUGCUGCUGUCGGGGCUGCUGGGCGGGCGGCGGCACCACCCGCUGCAGUACCUGGCCAUGGGGCCCGUCUGCGCCGGGGCCGCCUGCAGCCUGGCGGGGGGGCUGCGCUGCCCCCAGCCCGGCUGCGCCUGCCUGCUGGCUGCCACCGUCCUGCGCGCCCUCAAGUCCAUACAGCAGAGUCUGCUGCUGCAGGAGGCCCAGCUGGAUGCCCGCUCCCUGCUGGCUCUGACCUCCCUGCCCAGUUUCUGCCUGCUCUUCGGGGCUACCCUGGCACUGGAGCUGGGCCCCUCCUGGCAGGGGGUCCUGGGCUACGACUGCAGCCUCUGGGCCUGUGUCCUGCUCAGCUGCCUGGCCUCGGUCCUCUACAACCUGGCCACCUUCUGUGUCCUCUCCCUCACCUCCGCCCUCACCAUCCACGUCCUGGGCAACCUCACCGUGGUGGGCAACCUCCUGCUCUCCCACCUGCUCUUCGGCACCAGCCUGAGCGGGCUCAGCUACCUGGGCAUCGGGCUGGCACUGGCUGGCACCUUCCUCUACCAUCAGCCAGGCCUGGUGGCAGCAGGAUGGGCUGCCUGGCCAGGACGGGGCAGCCCUGGCAGGACAUAGGGUCCCCCAGGAUGGGGACCCCCUGGGAGGGAGCGGGGUCCCAUGGGGAUGGGGACCCCCUGGCAGGAUGUAGGGUCCCCCGGGAUGGGGGUGCCCAGGAAGGUGAAGUGUCCCAUGGGAUGAGGCAUCCCUGGGAGGGCAUAGGGUCCCACGGGGAGGGGGACACCCUGGCAGGGCAUAGGUUGCCACCAGGAUAGGGAUCCCCCUGGGAGCAAGCAGGGUGCCAUGGGGAUGGGAACCUUGCAGGAGGGUGGAGAGUCCCAGUGGGAUGGGGCGUCCCUGGGAGGGUGUGGGGUGAUGCCAGGAAGGGGACCCCCCAACAGAGGACAGGGUGCCACAGGGAUGGGGUCCCCCAAACAGAGAGUUGGGCCCCACAGGGAUGGAGGGUCCCAGGAGGAGGGUCCCACGGGGAUGGGGAGUGGGGCAGUGUGGGGGCUCGGGCUGCAUCCCCAGGGCUGGGUGUGACGGGGGGCAUGGCCCUGGGGCACAGGGGUGUGAGGGUCUGUGUGCACACGGGUGGGCCAGAAUGCACGGCUCUGUGAGCAUGUGUCUGCUGGUGUGCACAGCUCCCUGUGUCCCUGUGCUGGUGUGCAAGGGCUGCUUGUGCAAUCGUGCUGCGUGCACAGCUCUGUGCACACGUGUGCUGCUGUGCAUGGCACUGUGCACGCAUGUCUCGGUGUGCACAGCUUUCUGUGCACGUGUGUGUGUUGGUGUGCGAAGGCUCUGCGUGUGCAAGGAGGUCUCGUGCGUGUGGGCACGUGUGCGUUGGUGCAGACUCUGUGUGUAUGAGUGUGUCUGUGUGCAUGGCUCCACGUGCCGGGGCACACAGACCUGCUGGUGUGCACAUGUGCACAGUUCCUGCGUGUGCUGAUGCCCCUCCAGGCGUGCACAGCCCCGUGUGUGUCAGCAGGUACCCGUGUGUGCCUGCAGCUGCCUGCACUGGCUCUGCACGCGUGUCCCGGUGUGCACACGCAGGCUGGGCACGCUCAGGGACGUGGCUGCAGGCACACAACUCCGUGAGCGUGUGUGUAUGUGCACACGUGUGUGUGUCACUGCUGAGCUCUGCUGGCUGGAGUCAGCCCGGGUGUGUGUACCCGCAGUUCUCGUGGCCAAACAGGACGCCUGGGGACAGCGUGAGUGACAGUUCCUCCUGUCCCCAACCCACCGUGCUGCCGCCGUCGGUGCUGCCGCCGUCCCCAGCCUGCCCUCCGGCCACACGGCUCCCGCUCCAGCCCAUCCCUCCCAGCUCGCCACGGCACAGCCGGCAGGAGUGGGCAGAGCCCGGCCGGGGACAGCCCGGACCCACCAGCUGUUGCUCAGGGACGGUGCCAGGCUGCGACAAAGGGACAUCCCGGUGUUCCUACACCCUGGCACCAACGCUGGCACACGCGUGUUGACGGGGACACCAGCACCUCCAGACGUGGUGGCCGUGGUGGCUGCUGCCGUGCGCGCUGGGCCAGGCCCGAAGGACCCAGCUCUGACUGCACUUGUCCCAAAAUAAAGCUCUAUUUUUGCCCUGCUCCA